GCAUGUGCCUGGUUAUUAUGGCUGGGACGCAAUAGAAGUCAACGAGAAGGCUCCUGUCACGUACGUACGUGCUCCUACUUGCAACAUCUUCUUAUUUGCUACAGGAUCGACUCGACAUGGACAAAAGUACUGUAUUCGUUGGUUGCUGGUGUUCGUUAUUGCACCUGCAGGAGGAUCACAGUCAUGCGAAAUCGCAUAAAAAGCACGUGAUUUUAGCAGGUUUUUUUGUUCCGUCUGACAUCUUUCUGAUUGACAAUAAUACUAAGAGCAUUGUACGAGUUAGCGGCGCUUCGCGCAUUCUCGACUCCGUACUUUCGUGCAGAAGUAUUUCGACUUUUCCCCUACUGUUUCUGCGCCGUCGGAACAAAUAAUCGUCCCGUCGCUUCUAACGAGCAGAAAAAGGGCGGCUUCUGAAACAAGCAAUAGGAUAUCGGCAUCGGCUUCUUGUUGCGAUGUUUUUCCCCACCACCUACGCACAGUUUCAGCCGCAGCCACGUGUAUCCCGUUCGGCCAGCGCGCAGCCGCGAACGCAGUUUUUUCAGAGCGUUGUCGACACUUCUCAGCAGCAUCUCCAACAGCAGCAGCAUGCGACUGCCGCCCAGCACCACCGACGCGGGGCAGCGUCUCCCCCGACGUUUGCGUUGGUGCCGCCCACGCUAAAUGGGAGCAUGUCCUCCUCCAGCGGUGGCAACCAAAGUUUGACCUACAACCAGCACCAGAAUCACUCGCACUCCCACUCCUCGACGCGCGCCGAGAAUUUUUUGCCUGUGGGACACCAGCCCCGACAAGUCACGAGUGGUAACAAGCAGAUGUCAAAUGGGGUGAAAGGAUCCGCGUCUGGAGGAAAUGGACCGCCCGCGGCCCAGCACGGCAAGCCGCUGGCGACCGGCACGAAAAAAACCAGCUCAUCUUCCACAUUUUUCAGUCCACCGGGUGGCGUGAUGGUCGGAAAACAAAAUGUGCACAAGGCUGACGAAAUAAAUUGCAGAAGUGGAGCAGGUGGAAAAACAGGAGCAGCAGUCAAUACUAGCGAAGCUGCUGCAUUUGCAGGCGGAGUUGGCAACAAGCCUCGCCCUCGUCCAGAACAAGUAGCUCGCGGACCGCCUCCACCCGCGGGGGGCACUAGUGAAGAUCGCACUGCUGGCAGCCAAGCACGCUCGUUAAUACUGAACCAGUUUGCUCCGUCGCCGCGAGUCGGCGGCCCGUUCGCUCCGCUGGACCAUUCCGGAGCGAGUGCCUCCGCGGUGCAUCAGCUCGGCGGCGCUGGUCCUUCUGCGCAGCAGCCUCCCCAGAGACAGCAGUCCGCGCGGGUGCUGCAGGCGCCGAAUAUGGUCCUGACGAUGCCCCACCUGAAUGCCGUCAGCCGGUCAAUCUCGGUGGGCCCAAGGUUGCAGAUGCAUGGGACGAACAAUUACCCCGCGACAUCGCCCCGGCCGCAACCGCUACUCAACGUGGUGUGCCGGCUAUCCACGAAAGAAGCUGUGUUGGUGUAGUACUACCCUCUGGGCCGGCUGGCAGCAUGACAAUAUUUGCUCUGCAUGUUGCCACCCAAGGAAACCGCGUCCACAGCUAGUACGUGUUGAGAAUGCAACAUGUGCAAAAGAGGACUUCGUGGCUGUCUAACAUGAGAAGUGUGUACCGAUUUGCAUUUAUAAUGCUGCACCAUGAGCUUACACUAACACAGGUUUUCCUCGGAUACCAACCACAGGAGCAGAUCGCAGAGCAAGACCCUGUGGUGUCUAGGAUAAAUAGACCGCCUAGUUGCAGCAAUGCGGCCUCGUCGGGAGUAGGCAGUAGCACUUCCAGGGAACAACAACCCAGAUCCGCUGCUGCUGCCGCUUCUACGUGUGCAACGAAGCAGAUGAAUAUGACGGGAUCGUCUGCUUUGCUUGGUCAAGGUGGACAACGUGCCUUCCAAAUCGAGCCCCUGUCACCCGUUUUGUUCGGAAGACCGAUGUUCGGAGGUGCUGGUGGAGGACACAUCAACGCUAAUAGUAAUUUUGAACAUACCCAGAACUACCCCGACGAGCAGGAGGCGCUUCCUCCCGACUCCGCGCGAAGCAGCAAUAUCACUCAGCCGCCGCCGGACGCACUGAUCACGCCCACAGCAGCGCAGUCCGCGUCGUCUUCCUCCACGGCGUUUUUCAACUACGGGAGAGGAGGAAGUAUUUACUUAGAAUGUUUUGAAGACGGCGCAACAAAUCGUCCAAAUGCAGUACUGACGUACAGCUGAACCCUGAUUCGAUGUACUACACUUCCCGACGGACAUCGUUGCUGUGUAAGUAGUUCUUUUUCGUUUCGCUAUCGAUUAAACUUUAUUUGUCCGUGUCCUACCUUGUGUGUCGUCCUAGCGAAAAGCGCACCGUAUGAAUGACUUCUUCCUACUACUUACUUGCAGGUCCUCCGCCCAUGCAGAUCGGCUGGAACAGCAUGACGAGCAGCCGGGCGCCGGGCAACGCUAGUUCGCGCGUUGGCGCCCAAGGUUCGCAUCAUGGGCCCUCCUCGUCACACCAACCGCAGACCAUGAAUCGCGCCCAGCGGAGCGCCAGCGUGGUCUCGUUGAACUCCAAUUCGAACAACAUUGUGCACGCCCCGAAGGGUAUUUGCCCCCCGGACAUCCACGCACCGCGGCGGAUCCGCACCCUGAAGGAGCAGGUGACGAAGGAUAGCAAGGACGUGACGCAGAAGCGGGACCUGGUGGACGAGCUCACGGCCAUCGCCGAGGACAAGGAUCUAGUCCGGGAGAAAUUGACGAAAGAGGUUGGGCAGCUGUUCGACGAGACUUCCUACUACAAAACCGAGCUCCGCGGCCUGCGCAUUGACAACCAGCAGCUCGCGAACGAGAUCUGUCAAAUGGAAAACACCAUGAAGGAGAAGGACCGGAUUAACCACUCCUUCUGCGAAACGCUGAAGAAGUCCGCGAAGUUAUCCAGGAAAAAAACUGUGGUAGUGUACCAACUUUCUUUGGCUGACAGCAUCACGAAUUUGCUCUCCUCUGCAUUAAACAGAGAAAACCUGUCAUGCGUGAGCUGUACGGGAAAACAGAAACACACACGAAGAGAAGGAUUCGUUGUUGUCUGGCAUGUGACAGGUGUAUAAACUCUGUUGCAUGUUCUGCAUUUUUACAGAGUUACACUUACCCAGUUUUUUUCUUGCAUAGAAGUCAACGGUCAUGUCUCUGGAACUGAAGCAGCUGGAACGGCGCGUCGUCGAGCUGCCUCCGAAAAUCGAGCAGGAGCGGGCGUUUUACGAAAAGGAAAACGAAACCCUGCUCUUCAAGCUCAGCACCGCCGAGGCGGACCUGCAGAAGGGCCAUGACGAUCGCGAGCAAGGGAUCCUAGACGCGAAUCUAGCGUGGGAGGAGAUGAAGCAGAAGCGUAUACAUACUAGUACUUGUUGAAGAUGAAGAAGUUCAGUGAAGAUCUAUCAAUUACUCCUUGUCACGUCUUUUCAAAAAUCCUGAUAGGUCCACCCUUGAAUUUUUUGCAAAAAAACGGACGCGUAUGAGGCCGUCAAGUACUUAUUUUAAAACUACUUAGAAAAUUUCAUUUUGGUAGCUAGGACCGCACUUUUUUUUGUAUGAAAGUUGACUACUUCAUUUUAACUAGCUAGAUCAGGAGCAUCUUCGGUCACGGAUGCGUCCCGCGACGCGGCGCAGACAAGUCGGAGGAGCAGCGACAGAGGCCAUGAUUUUGGUAUGUGUCCGGGAACGUAACUAAGGCCUUAGAUCUGGAGGACACGAGCCUCCUGCUGCAGUACUCGGUUGAGUUGACCUGUGGAUGAUUGUCGGUGAGUGGUGUUUUCGAUCAGCCUGAUGAUAAGCGUAAAGCGCACAGCAUACGGAUUGGAAAUUUACGAACCUACGGCGAUCAUCAUUUCUUGCUUGCUGAUGAGUUUCAACAUCUCCAGGGCUCCGGAGUGGUAGUAGAUCACUGUGCCCCUACUUGCUCGUCUUUCUUAGUAGUGCCUUCGCUGAGAUUUUAGAUCUUGGCCGCGCCGCGAAACCAGCAGGCAUGGGAACGCAGCCACGGGAGAUCGAGCGGGCGUGCUUCGGCAUGUUCAGAGCCGCCAUUGCAGAGCACUUCGAGGUGCGGCGGGUUGGUGAGCUUUCCGCUGAUAUCAUCACUCGCCCGCAUCACGUUAUGAUGAUCAACGGCGUGGAGUGGAAGCACUGGCUUCUGAUCCAGUUCAAGGCUGGGACGGAGCGAAACGGAGCGUGGGUUCGUCGCGCCCGCAGCUGCUUGGUACAUCACAAGAACCAGCACCAUGGUCACGCGCUCGUGGGAAUGUGUCACAACAACCCUGACGAAGUGCUGGUCGAGACGCGCAGCCGCGCAGACCUGCCGAACCUCCUGUUCUCGGUGUGGAUGGAUCCGCACGCUACGCGCUUCGAUGGUGAAGCUGACCUGCUAUUCGCGUACUCGCCCGAGACGCUUGUGGAACGGAACGCGCGGCGCCUGUUCUGGUUGACGAUCCGGAACUCCGGCUUAUCGUACCGGCUGUCCGAGGACGAAGGCACCCCGAUUGAUGGGUAUGCAAACUGAAAGGCACAGAAACACACGCGGGCAGUCUGUGAAAAAAACAUACUGCGAUACUCCUGUAUCUGUCAUGCGAAAUAAAACUGCGCCAAGACAUGCCCUCGUGUGUUUCGCUUCUUUCUCAUUUGCAUACGUAGUACAUCCGGUUCGAUGCCGACCCAACCGGCAAUGAGUACAGCGCUCAAGAAAAGGCGUUGUCGAUUCGGAAGGAGCAGGGGCAGGCGGUUGGCUUGCGCUGCACGAUGCGGAGGUGCGUGCUUCUGAUGCGUGUCGCUCGAGCCCUGGUAUGCACUACUGUUUGCGAAAGGGUCGCGCAAUGUAAUGCUUUAUUUUAAUAUUAAAACUAUCAGGACCAAAAACGUCCCGCACGACGUCAACGACGCCGACUUCCUUCUCUUGCACGCCCGCCGGGACCCCAAAGACAAAACGUUCUCCGGUCUUGCUGGGUCGAUGCUGGUGCCGUGCCAGGUCUUGGCCGACCUCGGCAUCGUCAAGUGUGAGGACCGGUAAACAAGUAGUGACGCCAUUGCUAUAGAAUUUGUCAUGCGUAUAUGCUACCACACUACACCGCACCAAAAACUAUCAAGCACUUACUUGUUCAGGGGAUCGAUUGGGCGCGCCAUCAUGUCGGUUUAUCCGAACGCGCCGGGUGUGCGUGUGAACCGCAGCGGUGUGUUGGAAGGGUUUUACGUUUCGUGCCACGACCAGGAUCAGGAAUACUUGGACAAAAUGAAACAGACGACUUUGAACUACGGGAACGGCGUGUAUGAUCACCAGGGAAACUAACGACGAAGCCGAAGGACGACGAGAAGACACAGCAGGAACACAUUAUCUACAAAGCCACGGAUUUUGUACAAGGUGCCGGGCCACCUUCUUGGUUAUUUUUCAAAGGAUGUCACGCGGGUUCGUUUUUACAAUUGAAACUCAAAAGAGGAGCUCACGUCAUGAUUUUUUAUUUCCAGUAAAAAGCAUAGCUCUAGUAGUGUUUUCAUAUCUCCAUAAAUAAUUUGUUCUGUGAGGAGCUCAUCCCUCACAGCAGCGCGUACGAAAAUAGUGCCGCCUUCUCGGUGGGAAUCAAUCACGGGUGGUAUUUCAUAAAUAUUUUUUAAUUUUACUGCGCCCUGGUCUGAUUUGCGCCGCUGUGCAAAGCAGCGACGUCUUCAUCUAAUUUUUUCAAACUGAAAAAUAAAAAUUGAAACUUGUCUCACCACAAGUAGUAUCCACCUCUACAGCUGUUUACGAUUUUUGCUGCAAGGAUUUUCUAAUCUGCAUAACUGCCAUUAUGCAGCUUCGGGAAUUUCUCACGCUAGGAGUUCUGCUUCUCCUUCAAUAAAUAAAACGCGAAGAUGAAGCAUUCAUAUUAUUUUUUUUUCAUAAAACAAUUUGUGCUGCAGGUGUCGACAAAAGAAUGUCUGAUGCGGAGUGCGCACCAGACGAAAACCAAACCAAAGAUAGAAGCAUCAACAAGAGCAUGACUAUGAUGAUUCACAUAAUUACUUAUCCGCUCCGCUUUUGCUGUUCGACUUCGUCUUCGACUUCUUCCUCCUCGGGGCGCCGGUGAUGGGGGACGAGUGUGAGGGGGGGUAUUCAAAGCUCCCGGCAGAGGCAGCGUUGUCGGACAAGCUGGCGCUCUUUUCCUCAUCGGGUUCAUUUUGCGACGACUUCUUGCCCUUCCCUUUCUUGCCCUUCCCCUUCUUCUGCUUCUUACCCUUGCCCUUGCUGUUUCCCUUCCCGCCCUUGCCGUUGCCCUUCCCCUUCUUCCCCUUUCCUUUGACCUCCACGCUGGCGCUCUCGGACUGCUUGCUUUUCUUCGUCGGUUUCUUUUUCGUCAGCUGCUCCGGUUUGUCAUUUUUUUUCUUGACAUUCAUCUUCUUCAUCGGCUGUUCAUUCUUCUUCGCUUUUUUCACGACGAUGCUCCGGGGCUUUUUUCCUUGCACGUGCUUGCGGUGUUCGAUCCGGUUCGCGAGGUUGUACACGUCGUCCGGGAUGUCCACCCGUUCGUACUGUUUUUCACCAGCAGCUGAAUCAUACCGGGCCAGUUGCAAAGAGCCCGGCUUGAGGCCGAGCUCUUUGAUGGCGUAGGGCACGAGACCACACACGAUCUUUCUCUGGACAUCCCCCGUGCAUUCGAUCGACGGACACACCCAGACCACAUUGAUGGGUUUGUAGCUGGUGGGAUACCAGUACAUGCGGAUCCGGUCCUUCAGUUUGCCCUGCGCCUGACGAUGACUGCGGAAAGCGCAGCAGAUCUUGUUCUCCCCCUCGGUGUAGAACAAGAAGUACUCGUAUGUCGGCUUCAUGCGGCAGUCCUCGAUGCGGUUUCCGGCAUCCGUCGCGAACUUCCUCUGCACCUCCUGGUUGGACAAAACGCGGUCGGUGUUCGGCAAAACCGGAGCACUACUCAACCCCAGCGCAUUGAGUUCCGCCGUGAACUGAACCUCGUCAACCAGAUCAAUCACCUUGCUCACACACUCCUCCGUCAGCAAGUCCUCCUGCUGCGCCUGGAACAACACCUUCCGGCUGUGGUCCGUCAUUUUCUCCAGAAUAUCCUUCGAGAGCAACCUGGGGCACAUCUCCGUCGCCUUCGAGAGGGCGCCGAUCUGCAACUUCUUGGGCUGCGUGGUGAAAUAUUCGCAUUGGAACUCACGCACGGAGAUCCAGUUGGAGUCGCGGAGUCGGAUGAAGGUCGUGCCCAGCAUCACACGGUGCUCAUUACGCACUCGGCCGACGUACAAUUCGUCGUCCUCGUCGAAAAUCCCCCAGGUGAUCUGGAAGUUGUCGCCACACUGCGGAAACUUCAGGAGGAUGGAGGGGCUGAUGGGGUCACUGUGUUCCUUCUCGCUGGUCAUGUUGCACAAAUAGAACGCCGUAGUAUGAGAUUGAAAAAGCAGUGAAGCUGGGGAGAAGAAAAAUUUGUCAUGCAAAAACGCAGUAGUUUGCCAUGCGCAAAAAAGGAUCCACCAAUCGUCGCGUUAUACUCGAACACCAGCUCUGAUCUUUCUAUCCCAUAAUGGUAGUGACCGUCGAACGUGCGGGCAUUUUUCUGGUACUCCCACCCCAGGAUGUCCGCGUGGAAAUUGCGCGAGUAAAUCGGAUCGUCGGGCUGUUUUGGAGUUUUGCGUGUUGAAUCUACCGGCGCAGAUGGAGUCAUGAUCAACCGACUACAGAGGACGAUCGCAAACAACAUCAAAACAACAACAACUACUGUACGUUUGUGCCGGUCCGCUUGUUCAAGUUAAACUCGGCGCACAGGCGGGUGCUAGUCGCGACCUUGAACAAGUACUCGUCCUCGUUGCGGUAUUUGUUCAUCGCGGUCAAAGCUUUCACCGCCCGGAACCCGACAUACUUCGGGCUGGGCGUUUUGUUUUUGGGGUCCUUCAAGUAGUCGCGCGCCUUCUUGUACAUCGGGUCCUUAUCUUUCCGGUCCCAGCCGGCCUGACAGAUAUUCUUCAGCCCUUUGAAAGCCUCCUGGAUAGAAGCCUUCCGCGUCGACGGGUCCAGAUACUUCGCUUCCUCCUUUUUCAACUUGAAUCCCAAGUCGUUGCCGGUCAUGUCGUCGUAUGCAUUGCAAAAGUGUCGCGCCACAGUGUGCUGCAUUACAGAUUUACAUGUUCUUUUGCAUGACAAAUCAUCAUCGUCUAUAUAUAUCUAUAUACGUGUGCUGAUGCUUGGGAGUGCGACACUUUUGCAAAAGAUAGUUCAUCGGAGCAGUUCUCGAUCAAAGUCUCCAACUCCAUCGGCGACACGCACAUGCUUCUCGACGGCUGCACCAGCGGCGGCAGGGCAAAACGGUGCUGGUUGAAGCGGUACUCGAGGAGGUUCAACUGCUUCGAAAUCAUGUGGCACAAGCCCGGGGAGUUGCGUAACGCCUGGAGGAUGUUGGCUUCUUUGAAUCCUCCUUCUGUGGUUUUCUCGUACAGGGGACCGGUCUAGAUGACGCACUCGAGCCACCGCUCCAGGACAUGGCCGGGCUCUUCGAAGCAGGAGAAAAUCAUGAUCAUGACCUGGCAGGAGAUGGACAACGGGACCGGGCAGAAGUCGAACAACUGACCCAACUGCUGGGGGGUAAACUUCUCCAACCAGCCGAAGUGCUGACACUUCCACAGGCCGUAGCUCGGGUCCAGGCACUCGUGGAAGUAGUCGCUGAUCAAGCAGGACAGCAGGAUACACACUCCGCGCUCGUACAUAGCGCCCUCGUGGAAGUUGUCGCACGUGAAGGAGCAGAGAUUGUUCCAGAACUUCCACUGGCCAGUACCGUAGAUCAUCCACAACAACUCCGGAGUUGUGUACAUCUUUCCCAGAUGCGCAUCCUUAUCGAAGUGGAGCUUCAUCGUGUCGACCAAGGGUUGGCUCGUCAAGCACGGCGUCAUCGACCCCCGCGAGUUCAAGUGCUCCAGCAAGAAGCUAAACUCGAGACGCUCCUUCCCCAUCAUCUUGCACAUUUCCACGUGGUGCUGCGUGAAGUACAUCGCGAACCACAGCAGCUCCUUCGGGUAGCCAUGCCAGGUGACGUUCUUGCGCGGGUCCUCCGGCUGUUCAUCGUCUUCAUCCAUCGGGUUGAGUUUAUGCAUGGGAAACGGCACAACGCAUCGCAUAUUUGUCAUGCAAUUUUCUGCAUAUAUAUAUUACAUAUGUAUAGAUAGCAAUAUGGCAUGACAAAUAAUUUAUACUUAUUUAUGUAUAUAUGCAGAAAAUUGCAUGACAAAUGUUGUUUUUGCGUUGUAUUAUUUCACGGAUACAGCUCCUCCUCGUCUUCGACUUCGGGACUGUGCAUGUCAUGGCGCUGCAGGUAUUCCUUCGCUCCCUUGUUACGGAUCUCCUCGAGGACACCGAAGUCGCCUUUUUCGUUCUCGACGACCCACCACGCCAGGACGAACUUGAAAAAGCCGCAGCGACCGUCGAGCCCCAUCAUGAGCAACAGCUCCUUGCGCCAGCGGGUUUUGUUCGUGUGCAGCAUUUUCAAGCCUGUAGGUUUAAAAAUAAUAUAAAACUUGUUUCUUUGGAAAAAAUAUAACACCAGACUCAGAGAAAAGAGCUGGCUGACCGACCCUCCGUGGCACGUGUUAAGUAGUUGAGAUUUUUUGCCACCAUACCGUCGCGGAAGCACCUCUCCUCGGCACCUCAUUUUGGACGUCCAAAUCUCAACUACUUAACACGUGCCGCGAAAAUGGCACUUUGCAUGACAGAAACCAGAAACCAUCGGGCGAAGUCGUGUAGAAAAUCCAGACUUUGCAUGACAGAUCUACACGAGGAAGCCAGGCUUCCUAUUGACAGUACUACUAUUUGCAUCAGCAGCGCCAGAUAUUCAAUAAUACCCAACUCCGGGGCUUCUUUGACGGUUUUCACUUUUGCGUCCCGGGCCAUCUCCUCGGCAUACUCACCCGGAUCUUCGCCCGCCUGCCGUUCCUCUUCCCGCUUGAUCAACGCCUUCACGAGCGCGUAAAAAAAGGCCUGAUUUGCGCGGCUCCCCUGCGGUCCGAUCAUGAAAUUGCGCCAGAGCAGCACGAAUUCAUGCACCUCCGGCCACAAGUUGUUGAAAUGGUUCGACAGCAAGUGCCCGCAGCACGACUUCCAGACCCCGGCGAAAAUGUUGUGGAGCGUAUGGAGAGAAAGCGAAUGCUUUACCACGGCGCGCAUGACAAAUUCUUUCGAUGGCGCGCGCAUCACAAUUACCUUUCUUAAUUUGUCACGCAGAGCAUCAUCUUCAUCACCGCAGUUGCACAAUCGCAACGCAUUUUCGCUAUACAUUAGUCUGUCAUGCUAGUCGCGUGGUAAAGCGUAUUUUGCAGCGAGAUAAAUCAGCAGCCCAAAUCGCAGAUUCCCCCUAUCGCCAGACGUGUGCACUUCGAAGCGGCUCGACGGAGACGACUCAGCGUGCCGGUCCAUAAUAUCGUCCGUGCUCGGAUCAUCCGGGUCGACAUAGCACAGCUUCAGUGCUUCGGGUCCGUAGAAUGUGUCGGCCAUCGCACAAAACGAAGUCCCCUCCUGCGAAUACGGUUGGAUUGGUUUUUCGGUUGAAUAUAUGACGACGAUCGUGCAGAUUUGUAUAAUAAAAAAAGUGCGUCACUACAGCUGCUCACGCAUGGCAAGCCACUAAAUAUGCAAAAGCAGUACGACUCCGAUGCUGAUGGUAUGAGUGCUUGCGUGCAGCAUGGGAGAAACAGUCAGCACCGCGGCCGUGUGCGUCAGUGAUUCCUUCGGCGCCAGAGCGCCCGCAUUGACAGUCUGAAACGGGGCCUGGUUCAGUGUGAUGCCCUUGUGCGUUCGCGAGCCCUUGAUGAUCGGGCGGGAUUCGGGAUUCAGGACUUCAUCCAGGGAGUAGAACUGUGAGGGAGUUUGGGAAAAGAUGAUCACCGAAAGCGACGAAGCCGAGCAUGGAGCACCGCAACUUCGUCAAUCACUACCUAUCAUCUCAACUACAAUUACUUUCUUCCGCAUGUAAUCCCGUCUUGAAGCUAAUGAGUCCGUCACUGGUGGAAACGCAUAGCAACCUCGUCCCCGAGCAGCAUCACACGUAUGUCGAAUUCAUUUUUGCACGUCGACGCGAGGGGAACCUCGAAGACCAUGCGAACAUCUGUUGCAGCACCUCCGGCACAACAAGCGCGCCUCAUGCAAGCCGUUAUAUAUCCGACUGCCCACCAGAUCAGGACGAAGAUGAGAAACCAAACAUAAAAACAACUACAAAACAACAAGCACCGUGCAGCUCUUCACGUUUUCGCCGCGGGUUGUCGAGUCGUCAGAAUUGUACUGAUGCACGGUGCCCAAAAAUCGAACCGCACGGCAUUUGGAUCAUCUGGCGCAGAUUCAUCACCCAGUGCGGCGGGACCUGGUAGACUUGCAGCCGCAGUAGACAACUCAUCUCGAACCAGCAUCGGAGCGCGUACAUCUGAGUAUUUGUAGGAAAGCCAAUAUGAAAUGCAUGACACAAUAGGGAUGGAAAUGCAUGUCAAGCUGCAGACUUUUUUCAUGCGGAAGAUGACCAUCAUGAACUGUGCCUUGCAUCUGUCUGUUGUAUCUUCAGAGCCCAUCCUCCCCAGGUCCCUCUCCAUCCAGACGGCGAGGUCAUCGGACUUUUCCUUGCGAUUCUUGAUGGUAAUCCCUUUGACGAUAUUGCGCCACCGGACGUUCCCAAAUUUCGUCUCGCUGGUAUCACCACUCAAACUGCUUGAUGCGAAGACACAGAUUUUUAUGACUUUGAGAUGAUCACGACAACACGUCUCGCAUGCAAGCACUUCUGCAAAGCAACUCUUCGCAUCAAGGCGCUUGAGUGGGAUAAAACAGGUCGGGAUGAUUCUCGGCCCACCACAGGACGCGCCAGCACUGAUGUUUGUUGUUAUUUUAGAUUGAUCUGAUUAUUUACAACCUACGCUGCAUGAUCAUCGUUGACGCGAGCACGAAGAUGAUGGAGAAGCAGGUGAACAAGAUUGAUCAUACCACGCCGUCCGCGUUGCCUCUGGUUCCAAUUGCCGGCAUGACGUAGCGGUGUGCCGACUUGGCCCAGUUUGGUACUUUUUUGUUGAGGAAGUAGCAGUAGUUGUUGGGAUCCGGAGCAAUCUUUUUGAGGUGGGCGUACGGUUUUCCGCUGUGCUCGUCCCGGUAAACGCGAUCCAUGGGAACAUCGCGGGGCUGAAGGUAUCGACCUUGAUCAUGUCCUCCAGUUGCUGCAACACGGCGAUCCGCCUCCUGACCUCGACGGGGCGUGGCACAAGCGCGACUAUCUCCAUCGCCGUGCAGAAAAGGGCACAAAAGAUAAGACUUAGGGGCAAGGGAUAACAAAAGACGAAACGGGCAUCAUGUGGGACCUGUUACGUUUCUACACCAUCGCGCGAAACCAAUUUGCUGACAACAUCUAGUAGAGAAUCGACCCGGUUUUGCGAUGACUAUCUCGCUGGUCACGAAUCAACUCUCGCCACGUCACGCACGGAUCGAACGAGCCCGAAAUUAUACAACUACGACAAGAUGAUGACUCUCGCGCGUCUGCUUCUCACGUACGGCAAACCGACCCUGCAGACACAGUUUUCUGCUUUUGGUAGACAAAACCGACGCCCAAUCUCUCACGAUUCUGCCGAACAAUCAACGCAAUAUCAUGCCGCAAGCGAAGAUUUUCAGCGACAGCUAUGUGGUAGCAGCAGCACACAUCCACGCUCAUUGAAAGCGAUUCUUCUUCAUUUGGGCUUCAAUAGCGUCGCGCACGAUACGAGUCCGGCCCUGAAGAUUUAAAAUCGCAUGACUGUUCAUGGUAGGCGCAAGAACAUUGAUAGAGCUGAAUACUAUUUGUUUGUAGUGCGAAACGACAUAAGCAUCACAGUCAACGCACCGUCGGCAGCCGACGAAUGCGCCUCCGCGAUGAGACGCAAGAUAUAGACGGGCUUCCUAAAGUAGUAAAUCACAAGUAGACUGCAAUGCUCUGCUUGGAAGUAAAACUUUACUCACCAAUAGAUGUAAGCGCGCUGGUUCGCGAUUCGAAGUGCAAAAUACCGAGUAGAAGAGAGAACUACCGCGCUAGAUGUUCAAGUGCCUGUGAGUACUGGUUUUAGAAGAAUCUAAAAUCUAAAAAUCACAUCACUGCGCUGGCUGCGCCUUCUUCUUAGCAUUCAUCCUGCGCAUCUUCUUCGGCUUCUCUUCCGACGGCUUUUUCUCUUCGUCUUUGUCCUCGUCCUUCUUCUCCUCGGACUUCUCCUUCUCCUCGGACUCGUUUUUCUCAUCGGGCUUUUCGACGGGGGGAUCUUUGGUCAAGAAGUCGCCGAUCUCCUCGUCAUUCAACUUCACAUCCUUCUCUUUCUUUGCCCUCGGGAAACACGAACUGCUCGCCAUCGUUCACCGGCAACUCGUCCUCCUUCCCCACUCUCGGCUUGCGCUUCAUCGGCUGCGCCUUCCGCUUCGGCGUCUUUUUCUUGUGCUCCGGCGGCGGAGACUUUUUGACCUUUGGCGGAUCCUUCGCGCCCUCGUCAUCCUCCUUCUUGUCCCCAGGCGCAGGCGGAUCCCCGCCUUCCUUCUUGUCGAACAGGUCCUUCUUCUUGAGGGGCGAGAACACCGGCUUAGACUGGUCGUGGCCCGCCGGCUUCUUGCCGAAUCCGCGGGCGGCGACGUUGACCUGAUUAUUAAAAAUGAGAGGGCUUGCACUUUCUGUAGUUUUUAGGUUUUUACAAAAGGAAUCCCAUCUACUUCUCGGUGGUUAUCAGUUUCGUAUGACGAUCUUGUGGUGGAGCUGCUCAUCAUCUCCUGUAUAGUCUACUUGUUUACAAAAACCUACUUAACAAAAAACAGAUAACACACCGUGCUGGCGGCAGCCCCGUUAAUCGGAGAGCGGAAGCAGGACGGAGUGGGGAUCUUCUGGCGGUACACCGUGCCGUAACCAUUGUGGUCGUAGUCGUAAUCGCGGUGCGGGUCAAAAGGACUCUUUUCGGGACCGCAGAAUUUGCGACCGUAGUCCGGCAGCGCCGCCGGGUUCUCGCCCGGCACACGCGCCUUCUUGCACUUCAACAAGUACUGUCUCUUCUUAAUCUCCUCUUCCUGCUUUUCGAGAUCCUUUUCUUCCGCUUCCUCAUCUUGCAGCACCUUUUUGAUGGCCUGGGCGAACUCGAGCUGGGACUUCAUGCUAGCGAAGGCCUGCCCGGUGCCGCGCAGGGUGCGCUGGUUCCGCCCGGGGGCAACAGCGAUGCGCUGGCAUUAGUCGUUUUUGUCAUUACUUAGCAUAGUUUCUGGAUUUGCACUUCAUCAUCUAAAGGCAAAAAGAAUUUGCAUGCGACCUACGUCAAGAUAUGAAUAUAAGUAGUACGGUGGUGGGCUUGAUCUUCAGGCUUUCCAACAGCUGUUUCCACUGCUCCUUGUUUUCGAUCUUCUGGGACACCUCGCGCAACGGGAUUCCAAAUCUAUCCAACCGAAAACUUCCCAACUAGCACCACGCUCUUUUAGAUGUCGCGUCGCGAUUUAUUCAGGCUGGGCAUGACAAGUUCCAACAUGUAUACGAGAAACCUACUUCAUGCGUUGCUAUUGUGAUGAGACGCACAUCGCUGGUGCUAGUUGGUCUGCUUUUUGUUGGAUAGGACACGGAGGAGUAGAUGUCCUGGGCCUGCUCGAUAGGCAGUUCGCCGAGGGCUGUUUUUUAAAUUUAUAUUUAUAUAAAUAGCAUGAGAUCAUGCGCGUUUGUAAUUGUUUCAUGAUGUGGUCGAGAUGAUCACAAAAAAAACAAAAAGCACUUUCCUCCUUCACAGGCAUCUGCUUCAGGCUGUGCACCGGAGUGACACCCUUCGCGUUCGCUUUGUUCCGCUGCCGAUUGAUUUUGAAAGCCUCCUCCCACAAGCACAUGUCGGCCUCGGUCCAGUUCUUGGUGUGGUUGGCAAUGGCCUCAACACUGCCAAGCUGCUUCGACGGAGCAGCACUCAUCUUUUAGAAGAGGCGUUGGCGCGGAUUCUAGAACCUACUCUCUCAAUAUCUAAUACCAGGUAUGUCGUCCUCCAGGGAUGAAGACGCAAGGCCAACGAAUGGCACCAAAAGAAAACCAAAAGCACAACGAGGAUCCGAACGACGAGGAUAGCAUCCGCUUUACAUCUUCAUCAACUUCGCUGAGCACACAUCUUGCUUUCCAUACUGCUGCGACAAAAGCCCUGCAGCGUAUCAAGGUGCUAUACUCUGCUUUGUUUUUGUUUUUUGGUUCACCUACUAGCGCUAAAGAAGACGAGCACGUUUUGUUUUCAUGUCGUGUUGCUUGUUAUUGCGUUCUACUUUUCAAACAGAUCUUCGCCGACUGGUGACUGCGCGACCCGAAGUUGCAACAUUUCGACGACCGGAUGGGGCUUGAGGGGGACCUCGUGCAAAACCAAAAAGUUUUUGCGUCGCGGGACGCAUCCGCGACCGAAACAGCUCCUGAUCUAGCUAAUCAAUUAAAUGCAUGUUUUAAAUAAAUACAUUUAUGUGCGGUCCUAGCUACCUAAACAAAAUUUUCUAAGUAGUUUUAAAGUAAGUACUUGACGGGCUCAUAACGCGACGUUAAAGAUGCUGAAGAUUGAUUGAUGUCCUCUUGUCAGUGUCACUUUAACCAGUACCACGUCGUAGUGGGGCUUGUCACGUUCUUACGAAGAGCAGUUCUAGUAGUUUGCGUCCACCACCGCCACAUCUAACCCAGGUUCCGACGCUGAGGCCAAGAAGUCGCUCCAGGUGCGUUCUUUGGAAGAGACGCGGCGGAAGUUCCAGACCGAAAAGGAGGCGCUGAACGCGAUCGCGAAACAGAAGUCCAGCAUGUACAAGUGCAUGAUGUCCAGUAACAAGAAGGUCGGGGACCAGGACAAAAAGGACGGCGCGGUGCUGCAAAAGAUCCGCCAGGCCGAGGGCAAAAUUAAGCAGGCGGAAGUGCGACUGGAAUCCGCGGCCAAGGGCGCGGACGCCAGGGAACAAGAGUACUACAGAACUGCUUCACGUGGUAGGUUACCUUCAACUAGACUACCGUGCAGUUUGUUGCUAUCUACUGUGGUUGUGAACUCGAGGUCCGUCAUCUCCGCAUUGGUUUUUCAUCCCGAUUCCAUCUGUUGUGAAGCUCCUGCUGCGAUGAUGCGCGAAAAACACUGCAGCAAGCCUAAAAAUUGCAAAAAGUGCAUGCAUAGAUAAAAACUCCACAGCCAAAAAGCGCUGCUAUCGCGUAACGUGGAGGCGGAGAAGGAAAAAGAGCAGCUGGAGGGUGAUCUGAAGACGCUUGUGAAAACCCUGAUCGACCUCGAACGCGCGAACACCGAAAAGGAGCGGCAGGCCACGGCGAGCAGUCCGCUUUUCACCACCGGCUACAACCUGUUGACCCCUGAACAGCAGCAGCCCGUGGCGAACUACCUGUGUCCGACCCCGCCGACGCCGCUCCCUAAGAUGUCCUACCUGGAUAUCAAAUGUAAAAAUGUCUGGGUCUGGAAACUUGUGAUGCUAAAAGUGAAUGGUAGACGGACUGCAAUACGCAGCUACGCAUGACAAAUUUUCUGGCUCCCAUGUCUUACGUAUUCCGCGUGGCAAGCUGCGUUUUUGCAUGACAGGUAAGAGGGCCUUUGCGUGCCUAUGCAACACAGAUUCUCAAGUCAUGCCAGACAAGCAUGACAAACUUGCAUUCUUCCAGACCCAGACACUUUUACAGUUGAUACUGGAAACCCAGCUGUCACACCUGCCGUUCGAGAUACGCAAGAAAAAAACUGUGUAAGUGUAAAUCUGUGAUGCAGAAAAUGCCAAACAGUUACACUUGUCAUGCUCGACAUGCAUGACCGGCUCGCUUCCUAUGUGUUUUCCCUUUGUAUCUGCGCAUAACAAGUUUGUCCUGUCAUGGCAGACAAACUUGUGAUGCUGUUUUCCCAAAAGACUUACACUAACACAGUUUUUUUCUUGGAUACGAGAAGUUGGUGUAUCACAGCGGCGAGGACGUUUUGGUGGACCGAGAGCUGCUAUCAAAUGUAAAAAUGUCUGGGUCUGGAUGAUUGCAACUUGUCAUGCUGCGUCUGGAUCAUGCAGAAAUUUGUGUUGCAUGAUUACCAAAAGAUGUCCGCUCUUGACCAGUUUGAUAGGGAGUUUCUCAUGCAGGAUAGGCAUGAUAGACAACCCCACAGCAUCUGUCGUGCUAGGUGCUGCAUGCCAGGCCUCAUGGUAUCUGGAAAAUCUGCAUCACAAAUCUUGCAUUUGAGACCCAGAGAGACACUUUUGCAUUUGAUAGCUGCUGUGCAAUGCCGCGGUCAACAAUGGGGGUGGUGGGAGCAGUACCGACCUCGUGCACCCGCCCGGGUCCACGACGAAGAUCAAGGUAUACAAGCCGCCCGUGCUAUCUUCAUCAGCCUCCACGACGGCAGCCUCCAGUGCCCGGGUCAGCGCAUCCACGAUACACGUGCCGCCGUGCUGUAUUCUGGACCUGAUGCAGAUGGCGCACGAGGAAGAAACCAAGGAAGCCGAGCAGUGGCGGUUCUUGGCGCAGACGAGCAAGCAGAGUUUCGCGCCGGUGCUGAAACUGGAGGACGACGGGAAGGAGGCAGUUGCCCGCAAAAAGGCACGGAAAAGGAUUUUGUCGGAGCUAAGUUCUUUAACCGGCAACGUCGCGGUGGUGCCCAGUCCGACGGAAUUGUGA